AUGUCUACCAAUUUAGGUCGCGCAGAGAAGGCAGAUGCUAUCUCAAGCACCGCCGCUGUCGACGAGGACGUGCGGCUUCACUCUUCGAAUGAGCUUCCCAAUCCCGGAAAGCAGAACGUGCAUUAUGUCAGUCGCAAUGAGGAUGGAUCGCUUCCCGCAUAUGAUGAGAGAUUUAUUCCCGGUUAUGAUGCCAAUCUUAUGCAAGCUCGAGCGACGCUGAGUAGCGACGAGGAGAAGAAAUUGCUUCGCCGAAUAGAUUGGCACUUAAUUCCUCUGCUAGCGGUGAUGUAUAUGGUCAAGACAAUUGACUCAAAUAAUAUCUCAUGGGGUAUAGUCCUCUGUUGCCAUGCCGCUGUCGUUAACCUACAGGGCCUGUAUGCGGUGCGAUUCUUUCUCGGUCUUUUCGAGGCAGGUUUAUGGCCAGGCAUGCUUCUGCAGCUGUGUUACUGGUACCGUCCAGACGAAAUGGCACCUCGGAUAGUUCUAGUGACACUUCUCGGCAACUUCAGCUCUGUGAUCAGUGGAGUUCUUGCUUUUGCAUUUAACGGGGUUCUAGCUAGAGGUCUAUCCGGAUGGAAAUGGUUAAUUUUGACCGAGGGUAUCUUUACGGUCGUUCUUGGGAUCUUCGUCUUCUUCUUUCUUCCAGACUUCCCUUCUACAGCCUCCUGGCUCUCCGAAAAAGAAAAGGCAUUCAUUCAAGCCCGCCUACCGAGUAACUCUCCACGAGCAGCCGAAGCAAACUUCGACCUCCGCGAGCUCAUCACCACACUGAAGAAUAAGCGAGUUUGGCUUUUCCUGCUUUGUUGGGCAUUCUUCACUGUCGGUACAACUGGACUUCUAUUCUACCAACCAACUGUCAUCGCCAAUCUGGGCUUCACGUCAAUUGCCCAAACCCAACUACUAAACAUUCCCUCGGCUGUAUUUGCAGUGGUCCUGACCAUCGUCUUCGGCAUCUUCGCAGACACGGGACGAAUUCCGCAACCAUCAAUCCCUUUAGGAUUCAUGAUCGUCAUCCAAGCCUGUUACGCCGUGCUCUACACCUUCCCAAGCAAUGGAGGCGUCUACGUAGCUACCAUAAUUGCUACCGGCUCUGCAUUUGCCAUUGCGUUCGCGAACAGCUACGGCCAAAUCGGAGGCGCAGUGGGCUCGCAGCUGUUCAACUCCCGGUAUGCGCCGCGAUAUGCGACUUCUUUUGGUAUUGCGAUGGGGUUUGUGGGUAUUGCUAUUGUGAUGAACCUUGUCACUUGGUUCUUUACGUGGAAGGUCGAUGUUGAUACGAGGCGAUUGAAGAGGAUUCGGAUUGCGGCUGCGAAGAGGAAUGAGGCUGUUUUGGAUGAUGUUGAUAUUAGGGAGAAGAGGGAAUAG